AUGACGCAGGGCCAGCCAAUUGAGGUGCGCAUCCCCGUACCAUGGGGCUACAUAGCCGGUUGUUGGUACGGAGACCAACGUGAGCGACCGCUACUCGCUCUCCACGGCUGGAAGGACAAUGCCGGCAGUUUUGCUCGCUUUGCGCCACUUAUAGCCGACCAACGCGCUUUAUUGGCUAUUGAUUUUCCGGGCCAUGGUCGCUCGUCACACUUUCCCGCCGGCAUGGUCUAUCGUCUUACCGACUUUAUACGUGUUGUUCAACGCAUUGCACGCCAUUAUAAAUGGAAUAAAAUAUCUUUCAUCGGUCAUUCAAUUGGUGCGGCGGUAAGUUUUCACUAUGCUGGACUCUUUCCGAACAGUGUGGAUAUGAUAAUCGCCAUUGAUGCACUAACUGCGCCAUAUCAUCCGCCGGAAAUACACAUCGAUGCGAUGUUAGUGUCGAUGGAGAAAAUCUUGGACGAAGAAGAACGCUUGCGGGGACCUAAGCCACGUUAUACCUACGAAAGUCUGCAGGAUCUGCUGUAUCGCAGCUCAGGGCAGUCGGUUAAGUUGGAGCAUUGUAAGUUUUUGCUGGAGCGUAGUGUGCGCCGGGUGGAGGACCACCCGGAUAUGUAUUAUUUAACGCGUGACUCGCGCAUUAAAGUGAUGGAUUUGAAUUACACGCCACCGGAGCUGCUGCUGGCGUUUGCUCAGCGUUUACAUGAUAUUCACUGUUUGGUACUUAAAGCAGAGCUUUCGUAUCAUCUUAACGAGGAACAUAUUGAAGAUGUCUUCAGAAUUUUGCGCGCUAAUAAUCCCACAGUCGAAUUCCACUUAAUGAAGGGUGAGAAGCAUCACGUUCACUUGAGUAGUCCCGAGAAAGUGGCCGCGUAUGUUGUGCCAUUUAUAUCCAAACAUAGCGAUGAGAGGCUCAAGACGGAGAAGGCGAAACUUUAG